UUGACUUUGAGAAGGAUGUUGGUUUUUCGAUGUCUGACGUGUUCACAAGUGCUGAGUCUGAUGUGUCAAUUCCUGGUGUUCCCCGCGUGCCUGCUGUGCAUGAACGUUCUGAUGAUGAGUUCGGUGUCUCGAAGUUUGGUUUGUCUACUCAUGAUGUACCCCGCGUGCCCGCUGUACUUGAGAGUCCUGAUAAAGUGGUUGGCGUGUCGGAGUGUGAUGCAUCUGUCCCUGCUGUACCAAGUGUGCCUGGAAAGGUAGUCGUAGCCCGUCUCACCCGCCGUCCCACGGUUGAAAAAGCUUUCUUGUGCCAACCCUCCAUGCCGAAUCCGAUUGGUAGUGAACAAUGGCAAGCCGAUUCUGGAGCUAGUGCAAUGAUUUCGAACAAAGUUGAUGCAAUGUACAAUGUACGCCACUCGGGCCCGGAUGAACGAUUUAUUCGGAUUGGAGACUCGGCUCUCAUCAAGGUUGCCGCUGUAGGAAGUUUGGACCUUAGGUUCCACCAAGUCGGAGCCGACGGGAAACAGGAGGAUUUGGACGGCACUGUGCCAGAAGUUUUGUUUGUACCCGGGUGUGGUUUCAACCUUUUCUCGGUAUGGAAGGUGUCUCACAAGCAUGAGGUCCGUACCAACCCUAACGCCGCGAUGGAUUCCGAUCUAGAACCCCUUCGUUUGACGGAUGCUGUAGCGGAAUACUCGGCGACGAUGAUUGAUGUGUGGGAAAGUGAAGAGUGUGAACGCGCUAUGGCUGUGUUGGGCCCGGGGAAGACACCUUUCGAUGUCGGCAAUGCACAAAAGGUUAUGGAUAUUAACACGUUCCACAACCGUGCCGGCCACUUGUCCGAACCCAUUUUGAGGCUGUCCGCAAAGCAGCACGGGAUUACCCUCACGGGCACGAUGGACAGCUGUCGAUGGUGCGUGCCGGCGCGUGGGACGAGGGAGCCGGUGCCGAAGCAGGGGGGCGGGUACCGCGGCAAGAGGGCGCCGAACGACGUGUUCCACAUCGACCUCUGCGGCGCGUACACGGCGACGAUCGGUGGCAACCACUCUAUGCACUUCGGUGUGGACGCCGCCACGGGAUGGAUGGUCUGCUACGCCAUGCGGCGUAAGUCGGAGGCGCUAGCGGUCGGCAAGCGCAUGGUCGUGGAUGCCGCCCACAAGGCUGGUACCGCGAUAAAGUGCAUCCACUGCGACUGCGAUGCCCUCUGGACCAGCAGCGACUUCAAGGCGUUCUGUGCCAGCAUGGGGAUCGCGCUCGAGUACUCCCCUCCCGGCGUGCAGCAGUACAACGGCGUCGUCGAGAGCGCCAUCCAGAGGUGCCUCAAGGUGGCCAAGGCAUCCCGCCGGGCCGCCCAGGAGCUGCUUGGCCCCGCAGGAUUUUCUCGUGUCCGCGGGCUGAGUGUUCGUGGCGAUGAGCUCUGGGCGGAGUCCGCAAAAGACACCGCGCAGCAGCUGAACCAGUCAGCAUCUCCUUCCAACCCCGGGGCAUCUCCUUCCAACCCCGGGGGUGCGUCGCCGCAGGAACUCUACACCGGCAAGGGAGGCCCUUUUCGCUUGAUCCCGUUCUUCCAGUACGGUUUCAUGUGGGAGCGGCCGGCAACGAAAAUGGACGGCAGGGCCGUGCCGUGUUUUUUCCGCAACGCCGGGGACAACCACGCCGACGUCACCGUUAAGGUGCUCAAGGAGAGGACCGGCCACGUGUGCUACACCUCGAAUGUAGCGUGGGCGGCGCUCCCGCCGUCGGGGGGAUACAACGUCGUUGCCAGGCGACGAAAACCCAACCCCGAUGGCAAAUACCCGGGGGGGCGGUGGGGGGUGCAAUGCUUCACCAACCCCCUCCGCGGGGCCUCUACCCACGCCCCAGCAUCUACCCUUCGAGAUCGCCGCUUCGCCGCCGCCUGCUGCUGCUGCCGCCGGACCGUCGCUGCCGCCGCCACCUUCGGGGCCCGCGUUGUGGCCCGCGCCUUCGCCUGGUGCUGCCGCUCCGCCGCUCCCGAGGCCGCCCACGUCAUCGACAUCCGCCGUUCCACCGCCGCCCACUGCUGUUGCCGCCGCCGGACCGUCGCUGCCGCCGCCACCUUCGGGGCCCGCGUUGUGGCCCGCGCCUUCGCCUGGUGCUGCCGCUCCGCCGCUCCCGAGGCCGCCCACGUCAUCGACAUCCGCCGUUCCACCGCCGCCCACUGCUGUUGCCGCCGCCGGACCGUCGCCGUCGCCGCCGCCUCCGGGGCUAAGCAGUCCCCGCCGCAACCGCACCAAGACGGGCGGACCACACAGUCGGCGACCGCACCGGGGUACGCACCUCUCACGCCCCAUGCUUCGAUACAGCUCGGCGAGGGGGGAGAUCCGCGGAUCCGAGGACGCACGAGAGCGGAAGCGCGCACCAUCGCCCAGCAACAGCUUUCUGCCCUAUCGGUGGACCGGCAGUUGCCAUCACUGCAGGACGAUGCCGUCACCACGCCUCUGCCUCCGACCGAGAUCACCAUGGGGCUGCUGGCUCAAGCAAACGAAGAUGUCCUCCUCUCCAUGCUGGAUGCUCGGCGAGUCAUGAACGGUAAGACGAUGCUCCGGCCAGGAUUGGAGGGGGGCGGCGAGAAGGGGGGCGGAGGCGAGCAGCUCGCGANGGCGGACCACACAGUCGGCGACCGCACCAGGGACGAUGCCGUCACCACGCCUCGGCCUCCGACCGAGAUCACCAUGGGGCUGCUGGCUCAAGCAAACGAAGAUGUCCUCCUCUCCAUGCUGGAUGCUCGGCGAGUCAUGAACGGUAAGACGAUGCUCCGGCCAGGAUUGGAGGGGGGCGGCGAGAAGGGGGGCGGAGGCGAGCAGCUCGCGAGGAGUGAGGGCUUGGUAGAGAGCACGGGAAAGCUGCCGGAGGUGGACACCGGCGAGGAGGGACGCAUGGGGAAUGCUGUGCGCGAGAUGGAGCAGCCUCUUUUGCGACCCGACAUGCCGCGCUGCCACGCCAAGGACCUCCGAUUACCCCAGACUUUCAAAGAGGCAAAGCAGAGCGAGCACAGCGAGCAGUUCAUGGAUGCGGCCAAGCGUGAGCGAAUAGACAAUUGCAUCAAGUCGAAGUUGAUUAUUUAUUGGAAGGUAGAUGCGUUCGGCUUUCCUACGAAGGCCAAGGCUAGACUUGUUGCGAGAGGAGACAUGCAGAAGGAGUACAUUGACUUUGGUGAUUUGUAUGCACCUACUGUAGCUUCAUCUAGUGUUCGUAUGUUGGCAGCUUUGGCGUGUGAGCUUGACUUGGAGUUGUGUCACUUCGAUAUCGACCAGGCUUUUGUGAGGGCCCCUCUCAAGGAAGAUAUUUUCGAUCGACUGCCGGAAGGAUGUGGUGCGUUGUCGGGGAAGAUAGUGCAGUUGAACAAGAGCCUUUAUGGCUUGAGGCAGGCAUCUAGAGAGUGGCCGGAUAUCGCGAAUUCGGUGAGAGCAGUGGCGAGGUACUACUGUAGUAGUGCACCGAAGUUGAUCCACUGGAAGGCUGCACUUAGCAUUUUAGGAUAUGCAGUUAGGACUAGUUCUUUGGGGAUUUCUUUUCAGAGGGGGACGGUUACGGGAUUUUCUUUGAUUGCGUUUGUCGACGCGGACUACGCUUCCGGUGCGGCAGACCGUAGGUCGGUUUCGGGAGGGGUAGUGAUGUGUGCAGGAGGGGCGAUUGCAUGGUUGUCCAAGACUCAGAAGUGUGUUUGGCGUUUCAUGUUGCCUAAGGAGUUGCGGCCGUGCAUUCCACUGUAUAAAGAUAACGAAGGGGCUAUCCAGAUCGCAAAACACCCGAUCUCGAAUUCCAACUCGAAGCACAUCGACGUGCGGCAUCACUUCCUCAGGCAGCUCGUAGAUGAGAAGGAGGUAGAGAUCAUCCACGUUGCGUCGAAGUAUCAGCAUGCCGACUUCCUCACGAAGGCGCUACCUGAGAGAGAUUGUUUCCCACCGGGACGACGUGAUGAACUUGAAUUUGGGAUGAAGGGAAUGUCUUGCACUAAACUUUGUUUCGGUCAGCGUGCCACGAGUUGCCUGCCGUGCAGGGGGAUCAUGUCCCUGUCCAACCCCUUAUCCCAUGGGUUGUUGAAGGACCUUGGCAAACUCUCGGAGUUGAAACAACGAGGACUGAUUCUUGACCGUCACUUCGAGACGAUAAAGGCACAUGUGAAGGCGGGCAACUCCGUUGCGAAGGAGCGAUGGGACGCAAUCGAGAACGCAUGGGGGCUGAAGCAGACGGCACCCGUCCGUCGUUUUUGA